GGUAACCGAAAAUGCUCGGGCGACGUGCAGUAUCAGUUCAUCGGUUUCUUUCCAGAGCCGCGAGACAAAGCGUAACUGCUGCCUCUUCUGCACAGCCAAGCCUCCAAGCUAAGACCAGUUUGUUGGAACCACUCGUUCAAAAUGUGAGAAUUACAUCUUCAGCCAACUUCCACAUGAGUGCAGUAAGAAUGAGCGAUGUUAUUACCGUCGAAGGACCAGCUUUUGCUGAAUCAAUUUCGGAAGGAGAUAUUAGAUGGCUAAAGCAGAAGGGAGAUCAUGUUAACGAAGACGAACUUGUCGCUGAGAUUGAGACGGAUAAAACUUCGGUUGAAGUACCAGCUCCACAAGCCGGAACAAUUGUCGAGUUUCUCGUGGAAGAUGGAGCUAAAGUGACAGCCAAGCAAAAGCUUUAUAAACUUCAGCCAGGAGCAGGCGGAGGCUCGUCUUCAGCGCCAGCUAAAGAAGAACCAAAAUCAGCGCCAGCCAAAGAAGAAUCAAAACCAGCUCCAGCCAAGGAAGAUUCGAAGCCAGCUGUGACUGCCGCUGCCCCACCAAAGCCAGUUUCUGGGGAUAUUCCAAAAUCUGCUCCACCAGUUGCUCGCCCACCAUCAACACCAUCAUCUUCCACUCCAGUCGGAGCCGUCCCAGUCACUCGUGUCGUUGUUCCAAAGGGAGUUGAUCCAUCCCACGCAAUCACCGGAGCCCGUGAUGAAGUCCGCGUUAAAGCCAACAGAAUGCGCAUGCGCAUUGCUCAAAGACUGAAGGAUGCUCAGAAUACUUAUGCUAUGCUUACUACCUUCAAUGAGAUUGAUAUGAGCAGCCUCAUCGAAAUGAGAAAGACUUAUCAGAAGGAUUUUGUUGCCAAGCACGGAGUUAAGCUCGGAAUGAUGUCUCCAUUUGUCCGCGCUGCCGCCUACGCUCUUCAAGAAUCUCCAGUUGUUAACGCCGUUCUCGAUGAAAACGAAAUUGUCUACCGUCACUUUGUCGAUAUCUCCGUUGCUGUUGCUACACCGAAAGGACUCGUUGUUCCAGUCUUGAGAAAUGUCGAGAGCAUGAAUUAUGCUCAAAUCGAAUUGGAACUUGCCAAUCUCGGAGUGAAGGCUCGUGACGGAAAGCUGGCUGUUGAAGAUAUGGAGGGAGGAACCUUCACGAUUUCUAACGGUGGAGUCUUCGGAUCCAUGUUCGGAACCCCAAUCAUCAAUCCACCACAAAGUGCAAUUUUGGGAAUGCACGGAGUGUUUGAUCGUGUUGUUCCAGUCAACGGAAAGCCAGAGAUCCGACCAAUCAUGCAAAUCGCUUUGACCUACGACCACAGAUUGAUCGAUGGAAGAGAGGCAGUCACCUUCCUCAAGAAGAUCAAGACCGCCGUCGAGGAUCCACGAAUCAUGUUCAUGAAUCUUUAAAUCUUAAAUCUUUAUCGCCCCUUUUUUUCUAAAUUCUUUUUUCUAUGCCUCCUUGGUCAUGCUUUCACAAAAUUUUUAAUUUUUCGUUUGAACGUUUAGUAAUCAACCGUAAAUCAUAGGUACGAUGUAUCGUCUAGCUUGUCAUUCACCCCUUAUGUUCGACUGUCCCUUAUUAUCCGAGUUUUCUUGUUCAAAAGCUAGUAUUGAUUAUUAAAAAAAUAAAAACCAAAUAUUUCACU